AUGUCCGCCAAAGUCAUUAUCUUCAUUCCGAAUGCGGUGCUGAACACUCUCGUCAUCUUGCUCGACAUUCUUGUCAUAUGGGCGGCUAUCAAAACUCGAGCGCUCUAUCGCAAUCGUAUACUUCACAUAAUAACAACAGCAAUGCUAAUGGACAUCGCAUUUUAUAUAAAUUUUAUUGUGCAUGACGUACCAAGCUUUGCGCUUGAAAGGGAUUUCACAUUACCAUUUCUGACGAAGUAUUGUGGAUACAAAUAUUAUCUACAAGGUCAUUACUGGUACUUCGAUUUUGAGAAGCCUUACACGUAUAUCUACGCAAAAGUGAAUGUGGCAUUGCAGGGUUUAUGUGUAGCCACAGUCAUCGCAGCCGAUACAGCGAUAAUGUGGAAGGUAAUUCAGAUGCGCUCUCACGCAACAGCUCGCCAUCCAUUGUCAAUUGUUCCCGGAGCGCCAUCAAUUCGGCUAACUUACGGACGAGAGGCUCGACUUGCGCUGAACUUUGUGAUGCUAAGCGUCUGCUUUUUGAUUAUGACCGUAAGCUACAACGUAAUUCUUGGAGAUGGUCUAUGGCAGGACAUUAUUACGAAAUUCACUCUACUCCUCAACCUGGCUAAAUUGGCUAUAUACGCGCUUGAAACGCCAGUCAUCCGAUCAGAAAUAAUCAACUUAAUUGGAUGUUGCAAGAACAGAAAUUUGCGCAGGGAAGAGCUGAUCUGAAGUGCUAAAUAUACAACCGUGCGCUAUAUCCAUGAAUGUGCAG